ACAAGUUCCCCCGUUGAGCACCAAUCAUUUGACCAUGGAAAACUUGUGGAGGACGAAGAUGACAAACGUUUGUAUGUCGAGGAUGGGUCAGCGAAACCGGAUGCAUAUGAGGGCAUGUCGGAUCUUACUCCAGAUACCGAUUUAUUGAAGGAGCUACCUGAUGACUAUACAUUUGAAACUGCGCUUGCAGACUUGAUCGAUAAUUCCUUGCAAGCUUUGUGGUCUAAUGGGAGAGGAGAUGAUAAAUUUAUAAGUGUGGAAUGGCAUACAGAAAAAAUUUCCAUUUUUGAUUCCGGACCAGGAAUGGAUGGCACUGAUGGGAAUCUAGUUAAGUGGGGAAAAAUGGGUGCAUCUCUGCACAGGUCAGUACGAGGACAAGCUGUGGGGGGAAAACCUUACUUGAAGCCUUUCUUUGGCAUGUUUGGAUAUGGGGGUCCUGUCGCGACCAUGUUCCUGGGCAGACGUGCUGUUGUCUCAUCAAAGACGAAGAAUUGCAACAAAGUAUUUCCAUUACAUUUGGAAAGAGAAGCGUUAGUGAAUGCAUCUAGUCAGAGAAAUGUUGGAAGGUUUAUGUUCGUUUUGGUUAAGACGAAAGGAGGGAUGAGAGAUCCUUCUGAAGAUGAGAAGAAGAACUCCCCUCACGGGAGCUUCACGAAGGUGGGUUUUCCCUGA